AUGGGUAUUUCUCGGGAUUCUCGCCACAAGCGCAGCGCUACCGGUGCUAAGCGCGCUACCUACCGCAAGAAGAGAGCCUUCGAGAAGGGUCGCCAGCCCGCCAACACCCGUAUUGGCGCCAAGCGCAUCCACCUUGUCCGCACUCGUGGUGGCAACCAGAAGUUCCGUGGUCUCCGUCUCGACUCCGGUAACUUCUCCUGGGGCUCUGAGGGUAUCUCCCGCAAGACCCGUGUCAUUGGAGUGUCCUUCCACCCCUCCAACAACGAGCUGGUCCGCACAAACACCCUGACCAAGUCCGCCGUUGUCCAGAUUGACGCUGCUCCCUUCCGUCAGUGGUACGAGGCUCACUACGGUCAGCCCAUUGGCCGCAGACGCCAGCAGAAGACCGAGGCUACUGAGGAGAAGAAGUCCGCCUCCGUUGCCAAGAAGCAGGCUGCCCGCUUCGCUGACUCUGGCAAGGCCGAGUCCGCCAUCGAGCGCCAGUUCGAGUCCGGUCGUCUGUUCGCCGUUGUUGCCUCCCGCCCCGGCCAGUCCGGCCGCUGUGAUGGUUACAUUCUGGAGGGUGAGGAGCUUGCUUUCUACCAGAAGGCUAUCCGCAAGUAA